AUGGGCCGCGACCUGAGAGUUGGCGUCAUUUCUCCGUACAGCUGCCACGUGUUCGGCGAUUCGCGUCCGGAGCAGUCUUCCAGUUUCUCCGACGUAGUUGCUUUGUCCGUAACUGCACCAGAUCCGGUAAAAGACUCCAGAUGUUUCUUGCCGUGGCAGUGGGUCUUUUGGUCUCAUCACUUGACGCCUCAUGGUGGCCUCCGGUCUGUGCGCAACUCCAACCCCAAGUGGUGCAAGAAGGCGGCUAACGGCCUCGGAGACGUCCUUGAUGUACGGGAUCGCUCGCCAGAAUUUGGGGUCGGCGCGAUUUUGUCGCUCGUCUCGGUUGCGCAGGCACUGGUUGACGAAGUUGCGCGGGUAAUUGUAUCUCGGAAAACCCGUCGAAGAUAGUGGGAUUCGGCAACCUUGUCUUCCGGUUCACUGCAGUGCGUCUCAAGAGAGAAUCCGAAACUUCAGGCGAAUAAAGCCAUUGUACCAGCGAUCGCUUCUUCUUCUGAUCAACAUUCAACCCUAUUCAUUACCACCUGGAUUGCAAAGUGGGUUAGAUCGCAGUUGGUAGCCAGGAAUCGGGAAGCGGACGGCGAGGUCUCUGGCCCUUCCCCUAACCCCAUACCUUAACUCUAAUUCUUAUCUUAACCCCAAAACCUAACCCUAAGCCCCAAAACCCAACCGUAACUGUAAUCCUAAAACGUAAUCCUAAAACUGAUCCUAACCCUAACCUUAACCCGUUACUCCAAACGUAAUGCUAAUCCGUAACCCCAACCUUAACAAUAAAGCCUAUUCCUAACCCUAACCUUAAACCUAAAGCCUAACAGCAACACUAAACCUAAAACCUACCCCUAAAGCCCUAAGGCUAACAGUAAACCCUAACUGUAUUAGGGACACCUAACCCUAACAUUAACACUAAAACCUAACCCCAACCUUAACUCUAAAAUUCGACCCUGACCGUAACCGUAAAGCCUAAACCUAAGUCCCGAAGGCAAAGUGAAACCGAAAUCCUAAAACCCAACGCUAACCCAAGCCCUAGCCAUAACCCUAAACCUAGCCCUAAUCUUGACCCUAACCCUAGCCUUAACCUUAACCGUAACCCUAACGAGAACCUUAACCCUAACCCUAACCGAGAUCGUACACCUAACCGUAGCCCUUAAGCAUAGCCCUAACCCCAACCCUAACACUGAAGCCCGACCCUAAAACGCAAACCCUAAUCCCAAAACUUAAUAUACACCUUACCCUAACCCUCACUAAACCCAACAGCCUGACCGAAACGGGAGACCUGCCUAACUCAGUAGGAGCACACCUACUGAUACCAAGUUCCCUAGACAAGGUAAGCACACCCACAGAUAACAGGUAAGUGCGUCGACUGUAUCAACGUAAAAUGCCUGGCUACCAACUGCGAUCUAACCGCAAAGUGAGAUGCGGGAAAGAAUACUGAGAAAGACGAAGGAGAGUGGGGUUUCAAUUAACCGUCGUCUGCCGGUCAAACUCAACUUAUGGUCUAAAUAUCCCAACAUUUGCACUCACAUCCAUUGAUCAGUGGGAUUUAAGCAGUUCAGGGCUCUACUACUCUGAGCCAGGGGUUCAUUUGCCAGUCGGCUAUAUUCGAGAAUAUUCAUGAACGCCCAACAAACAAGGACCCAGAAUCGAAUCCCAGCCCAUCCAUCCCCGGGAUUGGGCGCGAAUGACUGAGGAGGGUUAGUUAGCCAGAAACGGUCAUCCCGAACCACUUUGUCGGCAUCAACAACGGUAGAAAGGCGUCCACUAAUCCGAUUAAGGGGAUAUGCUCGAAGCAGAGGUUAUCUUGGCCACUGUGACAGGGGUCGUUAAAUACGAACUUAAAAAUUAUCUGUGUUGGAGAAUUCUUACAACCGUCGGGUUACGAGACAUGCUAGUUUAGUUGCGCUUUGGGACUCACUCUGGUGACCUUGAGGAUGGUCGCAUAGUAACCAGCAAUGAUAGGCGCGCAAUCUCCUCUGCACAACAUGUGGAGAGAUUCAGCUUUUCCAGAGGCGCUUGAUCUGACAAUUUCAUUAUAAAAUGGUGCAUACGACUGAUGAAAGUAAAUUCCGUAAAAGUAGGUAUAAAAUUCCAGUUAGAGCAUAAAUGGGUAAUGGGUAUAACCAAACCAGUGGGCCGUCGCUGUCGCUUUACUCGAACAAAUCGCAUUUUUCCUAUUAACAAACCUUCACUUUUAAUUUAAUAGUGGAUGACUGUUUGCUAUUUCGAAAGGCCAACUUUUGAAAAUUCGACGGAAAUCAAGGCUUACGAAACGUGAUUCACCUUACGAGCUCCACCAAUGACAUGUGAGGAGUCGACGGUCACUUUAAGGACUACUGUUUUCCACGUAACCUAACCGUUUCGACCAAUGAAAACGACUAUAUGUAUUUUUCGAAGUGUAAUAAAGUCUGUUCCCCUGUCCUGCUCAAGCAACUUCCAUAAACUGAGGACACGGUCGAUAACAACAUUGGUCCUGAUUUCCUCCGUAGUCUUCUUCUUCUUCUUCAAGCGGUCUCUUCUCACCCUCAUUAGAAGAGCGACAUGGAGGAGGAAGCCACUUCUCAACAAAUUACGACACCUGUUUGCAAGUAUUCUGCGCAGCGAGGUUUCUCCGCAAAAAAAUUGGUUUGGAUUUUGUCGUAUGCGGUCUCUUACAAAAUGCCUUGAACCUGUUAUUAACAAUAAAGACCAUCGGUCCGCUCCAAAAUGUACUCGUUGGUUAUAUACCUCCACAUUAUUCAACCGAGAAAGAACAUUCACAACUAUCUAUACUCAGAUGGUCUUCUAUCUGCUUUAAAUUGACUUCUCAUCGCAGAGCGCAUGCCUUGGAAAUACGACCUAUGUGGCUUAUUUAAAUUAAUAUCAAUGACCAAACAAGCAGAUCGAAUUCGCCGGUAAGGGGCAAACAAAAAGGAUAAUCAUCUUUGGCAUCUCCUUUAUUUUGGAGAAUUACUGAACAGAUUGGUAAAGUUGAGAGAUCCGCGUUGGUCGUUUGAAGAAGAAGAAGAAGAAGAAGAAGAAGAAGAAGAAGAAGAAGAAGAAGAAGAAGAAGAAGAAGAAGAAGAAGAAGAAGAAGAAGAAGGACUCGCCGGACCAGGUUUAUUUAGAUGCUGACGUUUCGAAGAGCUUGGUCGGCUCUCCAUUGUCAAAGCAUAAAAUGCACUUAAUCGAUCAGAAAUCCCAAGUGGCAUAG